UGGCUCAAGCCGCCGCUGCGGCUGUCAGAGUGCCCGCGCUUUUGCUGUGCGCCCCACGCGAGCGCGCGACUGCCCCAUGCCAGUCGUUUGCAGCGUGGGCGCGCCUCGCAGAGCAUGCCAAACAGGAGAACGCAGUCGACGGUGGAGCACCCGGUGUUGGCGCGGAUUUGGCGGCUGCAGCGGCUUCGGCGCCGCCCGCGGGGCUUGCUCUACGCGGCGGAGGCGGCGCUGGCCUGGCUGCGGGAACUGCUGCGGCCUACGGGCAUGUCCUACGUGCUGUCCGUAGUGAGUCUUCUGGUGCAGAACGUCUGCCUCGACGUGUUCCUCGCGAGAUUCGUAAGCCAGGCCGUAUGGUUUAUUCUGGUGGUGGAGAUCCCGCUCGUCAUCCACGUCGCGUGGUUCUGGCGGCCCGAGAGCGCCCACAGGGCCGCACCUGUGCAGUGGCUGGUCUACUCGUGGAUCCACGCCGCGAAGGUAGUGGUGCUCUUCUGCAGGGUGAUGCCGAGACUGCCCACAACAAUUACACAAGACGUGGACUCCGAGGCGAUGUUCGGCACUGCCAGCGAAGACGCAACCUUGACCAUCCUUGGUUAUGGUUUCUCCCUGAACGUCGUCGCAGACAUUUUCAGCGCUCCCAUCCUCGCAACGCUGCUGCUCAUCACGCCAGUUUUCUAUGCACUCCUUAUGUUCCGCACCAGUAAGGCCAUCUUCGGGUCUUUCUCCAAGCGCAUCACAGUAUGCCGUAUCAUGCACUUCGACAUGUUGUGGCACGUGGUGAUAGACAUGGUGGACCAGGUGAAUAUUUUCUACCUGUCGCGUGCGAGCGAGUGGGGCGGUUCCAAAGCGCUCGAGCGUGACAGCCAGAUCGUGACGAUACAGAAUGCUGCAGUCUUCCUGCUCUUUCUUUCAUUUGUGCUUCAGGCCCAGGCGCUCCCUGGCGUCUUCAUGGACCAGUGGUACAUACCCGAGCCGCCGCCCCUGCCCGCAGAGUUGCUGGAGGAGCUGAACGGCCAGGAGCUUACCGGCGGCAUCCGAAGCCAUAGCAGCCAGAGCCUCGGCGGCCGGAGCAGCCUGUUACCGUCGACAAAGUUUAUGGGCUCCUCAGCGCGCUUGUCCACGAGCUCGUUCCCGAGGUCCUCGGAGGGCAGGACUUCCUUGGCCGCCCCGCCCUCGUGGCUGUCAGAGGCGACCUCUUCGCUAAGGAGGCCGCCCGCAGUGGCCUCCCUGGCCAUCCCUGCCGUCCCGGAGUCGUACCUGGCACAGGCACAGGGCGACAUUGAGGAGCCGCCGGAGGACCCAGAGGUCGAACAGGUCAGGCCGUCGCUUCAGCCGCCGCUUCCCGGCCUGCAGCGGCGGGCUUUGCAGCCCCAGCGCUCUGUCAGCACCCUUUCCGCUGUUGGCGAGGAUGCAGAACCUGUAGCGCGGGCGGCGACUUGUGAUUCGGGGCGGGCUCCGACUGCCAACAGCAUCGGGCACCGAGCGUUAUCCCAACAAGACCCAUCGCUGCCAAGAGCGACAACGACGCCCCAGGAUUCAAGAACCCCGACGCCGAUUACGGACUACAGGCGAUCGCUGUCAAUGGCCGCGCACGGUGAAGCGUUUCUGAAGCGCGAGAAGGAGCGUAGAGAUCGGUUGCAGGACAUCAUCAACCAGAUCCAUCGCCACAGUGUAGUCGUUGCACGAAAGAGGUCUGCCGUGGGAUCUAUCUUCUUCAUUGACAUUCCUUUCUUAGCCCUGCGGCUGUCCAUGGCCUUCAUGAUGGGGUCCACGUACUUCCCCGGCUUCGGCAUCAAGAACGCGAUCUGCAUCGUGCUGAACGCGAUGCAGUGGGGGGUGGUCAGCCUCUCCAACCGUGAGUCGGCGCAGACCAUCCAACGGGACCUCGCCACGUACCUGGCGAAGUUCCACGGCGGCCCCGAAGCUGGCGUCGGCGACGACUCUCCGAAGAGCGACAACUUGCUGAGCCCCACGCGCUCAGACAAGGACCAGAGCGCGCCGUCCACGCCGCAGCAGUCGCCCAUGAGCCCCAGGCACGCGAGCCCGCUGGCCGCCAGCGCGCAGCGGCGGGGCCUGGCGGCGGGCGACGUGUCGGCGACCGCGGCCUCCCGCCGCAGGGCGAAGGAGAAGUGGAAGCGUGACUUUCUCGUGGCUCAGAAGAAGGUGCGCCAAGAGACCGAGAGGACGACCAGCGUGUGCACGCAUUUCUGGUCGCUCUUCUUUGCCUUUGGGGUGGGGCUCCUGCUGUCCAAGGGCGAGGGCUUCAUAACGAGGAUAUGGUCGCUGGUGCAGGACAUCGACGUCGGCUGAGGCCGCGGCUGGCGCUGUACUAUAUAGAUCGAACGGCAGAUGUAGAUGAACUGUUCAGUGUGCUUCGCCGCCAGAUUGGCCCUGGCCCGGAUCACGUGUUGCGCUGUCGCAUCACAGAGCGCGGUCGCAGGACCCAGGGUCAUGGACGUCGCCCCCCGCAGAGACGCUCGCUCCUCCCCCUUCCUCCCCCUCCCUCCCCCUGCUCUCCUCGUCCGCUUUCCCGCCCUCUUCCCGCCCGCCUCCUCGCUUGCUUCUGCAUUGGCCACUCGCCUCCUACGCGCCGCGCCUGGGACGGGAGUGCAGUGGGUAAGAAAGUGGCCCUGCCUGUCUUGUCGCAGCAGCGCUCUCUCAUUUGCCUUCUGUCGAGCCCCCCAUUCUUGCACUGGAGCGCAGGCAUUGGGGGCUGGGACAGAGCCUCGCGCGCAAACGUGCGCGCGCAUGCGUGUCCCAAUGCGUUCCAAUGUCCCCCUCCCCCCGCCACGCCGCG